GGAGGACUCGCAGACGUUACUGCCGUCUUGCGUGCCCCGGCCACCCCCGGGCAGCUUGUAGCCGGUGCGCGGGGUGGCUGGGGCUACGUGCAGAGCUGUCGCGGAGCCGGAGCAGCAGCGGUGAAUCCCCUCGGCUCGGCCGAGACCGCCGUGCCCAUUGCUCGCCUCGGUUGCCGCCGCUUUAGCCGCAGCCGCUGCUGCCGCCGCCGGGGGAGAGGCAGCCUAUUGUCUUUCUCCGCGGCGAAGGUGAGGAGCUGUCUCGGCUCGGCCCGCGGGGGAGCCCCGGGAGCCGCACGGAGAUGGAGGAGGACAUCUGGACAGUGAGCAGGAGGCGCCUCGGCCCAUGCCGAACAUCCCAGGGGACCUGGAGAGCCGGGAGGCCAUGGUGGCAUUUUUCAACUCCGCUGGAGCCAGUGCCCAGGAAGAACAAAGGGUGUGCUGCCAGCCCCUGGCUCACACAGUGGCCUCGUCCCAGAAAAAGCCAGAGGCAGCGGCCCCAGCCCCAGAGAGUGGGGGUGAGUCUGUGUUUGGGGAGACCCACCGGGCCCUGCAGGGGGCCAUGGAGAAGCUGCAGUGACUUUAUGGAAGGAGAAGGUGGACCUGAAGGAGCGGGUAGAGAAACUAGAGCUUCGAUUCGUCCACCUCUCAGGACAGACAGACACCAUAGUGAGCGAGAGGCUAGGGCACCGCUGGGGGAGCUGCCAGGCCGUCCAAGGGGCCCCAGCAUCUGAGCCAUGCAGGAAAGUACUUCAGCCAGGAGGCAGUGUCAGAGACGCAGCACUGGGAGAGGAGGACAUCGUCAGGCUGGCCCAGGACCAGGAGGAGAUGAAGGUGAACCUGCUGGAGCUGCGGGGCAGGUGUUGCAGCUUGUGGGCGACCACAAGGAGGGGCAUGGCAAAUUCUGACCAUUGCCCAGAACAUUGCUGAUGAGCCUGCUCUAGGAGCCCCAAUCGCCCAGGAGCUUGGGUGUGCUGACAAGCAGGGUG